AAAUUCAACAUUAUUUUUGUAUGUCAACCUCAAACUUUGAUUUUAUUAUUCUUAAUUCAUAAGCAUUUUUACUAUUUUUUUCAGGCCGCAGGAUACUUAAGUUUCAACUCAAUUUCCACUAAUGACACUUCAAGGAUAUUGCAUCUCGUUGUGGAUUUAUUUUCGAAAGCCUUGAUAGCUGAAAUUCAAGAGCGGGUUAUAUGCCACACCUUGGACAUGUUUAGUUUGUGGGUGACAAAGUUUUUGGGCGAACUACCGAAAUCAAUCAUAUAUAUCUUUGAAAGAGGACUGGACCUGAAAACAACAACUCAACCUGUUCGAAUAGCGUAUCUUCAAUGGCUUCUAGCUGCUCUUCAAAAUGGUAGAUUACACGCGGAGUCAAAAAUUACUCCCCUUCUUCUUCCGCUAGUUGAAAAAGGUUUACAAAAUCCCCUACAAAUUCCCCUUGUAUGUGAGGCACUUUGCGCUGCUUGUAUUAUAUUGAAAACAGAAUGCCCGCUGCACAAUAUUACCUUAAGCAAUUUUUGGAGCGUCGUAUUCGACAUGAAUAAACAAUUGUUCUUUUCCGAGCGGUUUAUGUUCGCUGCACCUGCCGAAUCAUUGUGCUAUGUAUCAUUGAUGGCUGAAAAGUUGUUAACGCAAUAUCCAAGCAAACUGAAAGGUACCCUUAAUAUUAUAUUCAAAGCUAUAGUUUGCAAUUUGUUAUCGAAUUCUCAAAAAGUAAGAUCAUACACUUUAUCUUUGCUGCCAAAUAUAUUCCAUUCAAUCGACGGCGUUACGUAUAUUAAAUCCAUUAUAAUAGAAAUCGAAAGCCAGAUAGAUAAUUUAAAAUUUGAUGAUGAAAAUGAAGGCAAUUAUGAAGAAAUUCUAGCUUGUGCAAAUACUUUGGUAGAAGUAAUACAAUGCAUUUUUAAUUUUGAGAAACUUCCUGUAAGUGAUGCUAUAAAGCUAUCGUUACAAGUUCUAAUUAUAUGUCACCACCCUGCUGUGGUAAUUAAAGAACCAUUUUUAUGGGAAAAGAUUUUAAAAUUGAAUUUUAAAUUGGAUCCAGAGAAAUUUAUUUCGCUAAAUGCUGAACAAAUUAAAGAACUUUUAAUUGAAAAAUUCGAAAAGAAAAAAGCAUAUUCAAAUGCUAUCUCUACUGUUGUUCGGUCGAGCCCUGGAGUAAUGUUACCAGCAUUUAUAAAAAAAAUUAUAGCUGAUUUAAAAACUGUUGAUUCCGGUGUUGUUUCCGGCGAAGAAUAUUCCAUAUACUUAAUUGCAAAGGCGGAACAAUGCAAUAAAAGAAAUGGUAAUGAUAUGUUAUCAGCAGGAUAUACGCGAGAUAAUCAUUAUAACAAAUCUCAAAUAGAAAAAAUACAGUUAGGAAAUGAAUGUGACCAAAGGCGAUGCAAGGGCAGAACGAAUAUUUCAGAAUAUAACCAAAAACAGCAAGAAGCCUUAAAAAAUCAAAUUGAAAAAGAAAACUGCAUAAAAGAUCGUGUUGACCUUUUGAAUAAAAAAUUAACUAAUGCAACUUUCAUGCUAGAAUCAGCAUAUUCUGGCAAUCCUAUGGCAGUUUCCCUACAUUUCCACGAAUUAUUGAUGCCAAUUUUAAAACUGUUAAAAUUACCACUUGCAGCGGAAAUUUUGUCAAAGCUGUAUAUAAAACUAAGCGAGGUAUGUUUUGAGGACUGCAUUGAACUGGGAAAAGAUUUAGCGGUGACUACUAUUCGGUUAGUAAAUCCGCAGUGCGAUCACCCAAAUGAAUGGAUUUUAAACAACAUCGAUGAUAAUGCUAUUAGAACCUUACUAGAAGUUCAAAGACACUUAGUAAGAUAUAUUAAUGAUGCAAAUAAAUCUACAUCGCAUAACUGUUUCAACGCACCGUCCUUCUCUUAUGCAUUUGAGUUUUUGAAACGCGUACUUGUUACAAAUUCCAUAGCCAACAGUGAGGAACUUACAUUGAUUGGUAUGCAAAUAAUUGAAAAUCAUGCUCAAAUGAGAGGACGUACCGUACACGGGGAUGUGACAGAUUUCAAUCAUCCUAAAUAUAUGCCUCGAUUAGAAAUGUUGAAAUUGUUGCUAUAUUUAAUUAAUGGUUACCAAGGUAGAGUUCAGACCAAAGCUUCAUCUGUACUUUUGGAAGUGGCAAACUUGAGUUCUGGCGAAGAUUAUUGUGGACAUGCUACUGGAGAUGAAAUUGAGAUAUUAUUACAUUCAUUACAAAGCGGCAAAGAAGCCGUGAGGGAAGUUUCACUAAGAGCACUCAAAAUUAUAAAGAAAUGUUUUUUGAACGAAGGCAUGAUGAAUAGUGAUUUAAAAUCUCGGAUGAAAAUCCGUGUGUGGAUAGCAAGGCACGACACAUCUGCUGAAAAUCGUACUUUAGCGGCUGAUUUAUGGGAUUAUUCUAAGUUUGUUGUACCUAGUUUGGACGAACUUUUUUCAGAUGUCACUCAUAAAGAGCUAUGUAUACAAAAGGCAACGGCACAUUCCUUGUUAUCACUGCUUGUCAACGA